AUGGAGAAGAAAGUGAAGCGUAAGAAAAAGAAGUAUCGAGUAAAAGAAAGCAAUGGUGACAUUCAGUACGACCAAGCAAGAAUUACAAUUCAUGAUGAAAUAACAAAUGAUUCUCAACAAAAUAGAGAAGAAGACGUUAAUGAAAGACAAGAGACAAUAAUAACAGAGGAUGCUAAUAAGGCUACUGAUAACGUUAGCUCAAGAAAUCGUGUGUAUGUUGAAGUUGCCACAGAAGAAAUAAAUCCAGCAAUUUCGAACGAUGUCAACGAUUUCGAAAAACAUUUUAGUCCUAUUUCGGGCUAUGCCGAAGAGCCUUUGCUGCCACUCGUCAAAGCAUGUGCUUCAUUAAACGAUAUCCUUCACGAUUUAUCGAAAUAUGUUCAGCUGGCAUUAAACGAAACUCCAGAAGAACCACCUGAUGAUUUGACAAUUGACGAAAGCGCUGCAAUUCGACUGUAUACGAUUGAAUGGGAUAAACCAUAUCGAAGUCUCUAUUCAAUGCUCAAUCAUACUUUGAAGACAGGUACUCGAGAAGAUGUUCGACCUUACUUCAAAUAUCUCAAGCUAUUCUUAACUGCUGUGGUUAAACUACCAUGCCUUCCACCAUUGACUGUCUGGCGAGGAAUAACCACAAAUUUGAGUGCAGAGUUUCCACCUGGCACCUUAGUGACAUGGUGGCCACUGUCAUCAUGCACAACAUCACUAACAGUGCUCGAAAAUAGUAUGUAUUUGGGUAAUUCAGGUAAUCGAACGCUCUUUUCCGUCGAAGUCAUCAAUGGUCGAACAAUACGUGCUCAUUCACAUUUCGUCACCGAAGAUGAAGUUCUUCUUCUGCCUGGUACUUACAUGGAAGUUCAAUCGCAAGUGAGUCCAGCACCCGACCUUUAUAUUAUUCAUUUGAAACAAUUAAUACCGGAGGAAGCCCUACUAGAACCACCUUUCGAAGGUCUUGCAAAUGUUUCUAAUUAUUCGUUUUACAUUAAAAUUUUUUUAUGUUUAGGUGCACGUAUUUUUCCAAAAAUUAAGUAA